AUGGUGUCGUGUCUCAACAUGAUAUCAAUGCUGGAUGUGGCGGUGUACUUGGAGACCCUUCAGGUGAAUGGAUUGCUGGUUUCUCAAGCCACUUGGGUCAAACUUUCAGUUCUGGAAGCUGAAGCAUGGGCAGUUUUACAGGCACUACAACAUGCUUGGGACAUGGGUUUUAAGAGCAUAAUUCUCGAAUCUGACUGCAAAGACAUUGUUGAUAUUCUCCACCAUCAACCUGACGAGUAUUCUCCCCAUAGCCUUGUUAUCUUGAAGAUAGCCAAGCUUUUGUCUCUACCCUGGAGUGUGAACAUCAUACAUAUUUCCAGGAACCAAAAUAUGGCUGUUGACAGAUUACCAAAAGAGGCUCUUAAUGUCUCUUCCUUUUUUCAUUGUGUUUCUCCCUUUCUGAGGACUUUAAUGGAUACUGAUUGCAUCCUCACUGAGGGUGCGGUUCAGUCCCCACAGAGUGCAAGUUGUGAGUAA